AUGGCGACGCUAGUUAAUCCUGUAGAUGCUCCGGCACACUUUGGUGGUGUCAGUAGCAUCAGAAACACGGCAUCACCCACGGCCUCGACACAUCACUUCGACGAGGGCAGAUAUUACCUGCUGGUGGUCAUUGGGGAGCUGGUGACUGACGAGCAUCUGAAGUGUGCCAUUGCGGACAUUGAGAAAGGAAUUCGUUCAUGGGACACUAAUCUUGUUGAUUGUAACUUGGACCAGGAGCUGAAGCUUUUUGUUUCUCGACACUCUGCCAGGUUUUCAGCCGAUGUGAGAGGGCAAAAGAUUCUGCACCACAAAAGCAAUGUGCUGGAGACAGUCGUGCUCAUCAACCCCUCAGAUGAAGCUGUUAGCACAGAGGUACGAUUGAUGGUCUCAGACACAGCCAACCAUAAACAGCUUGUCCUGGCAGGACAGUGUUUAGAAAAUACAGGCGAGCUGAUUCUCCAGUCGGGCUCCUUUUCUCUCUCCAAUUUCAUUGACAUAUUUACAGAUCAAGAGAUUGGUGAGCUUCUAAGCACCAUACAUCCUGCCAACAAAGCCAGUUUAACACUUUUCUGUCCUGAACAUGGUGACUGGAAAAACUCCAACCUGGACAAACACAACCUACAGGACUUCAUCCAUAUGAAACUUAACUCCCCGACCAUCCUUCCAGAAAUGGAGGGUCUCUCUGAAUUCACAGAGUACCUCUCAGAAUCUGUUGAGAUCCCAUCUCCAUUUGACAUGCUGGAACCCCCAACCUCAGGAGGGUUCCUAAAAUUAUCCAAACCAUGUUGCUAUAUUUUCCCUGGUGGCCGAGGAGAUUCAGCAUUGUUUGCAGUUAAUGGCUUCAACAUGCUGAUUAAUGGUGGAUCUGAUAGAAAGUCUUGUUUUUGGAAGUUGCUGCGGCAUUUGGACAGAGUUGAUUCUAUUCUCUUAACACACAUUGGAGAUGAUAACCUUCCUGGUAUUAAUAGCAUGCUGCAGCGCAAAAUGACUGAACUUGAGGAGGAGCAGUCACAGGGAUCCACAGCUAACAGUGACUGGACAAAGAAUAUGAUCUCACCUGAUAUUGGUGUUAUGUUUGUCAACAUGCCCCAGAACCUGGAGAUCCCAGAACCGAACUACAGAAUCAGGAGAAAUGCUGAAGAGGCAUCGCUCACUCUACAGUACCUAAACAAGCUGUCUUUAAAACCUGAACCUCUGCAAAGGAAUAUAGGCAAUACAGUAGAACCCAUUAUACUUUUCCAGAAAAUGGGUGUUGGAAAGCUUGAAAUGUAUGUUCUCAACCCAGCUAGUAAUAGUAAGGAGUUGCAGUACUUUUUGAAAGAAUGGACAGGCAGUGAAAAAGACAAAGCUGCCAUCUUGUCACCAAAUGGAAAGGAAUCAGAUCUCCCAAUAUCAUAUUUGUCUUCCAUCUCAUCAUUGAUUGUGUGGCAUCCUGCUAACCCAUCAGAAAAAAUUAUCCGUGUUCUGUUCCCAGGUAAUUCCACUCAGUGUAAUAUUCUUGAAGGCUUAGAGAAACUUAAACACUUAGACUUCCUCAAACAUCAUGUGGUCUCACAGAAAGAGCUUUCUUCAAACUUAGCCCCAACACUCAAACAAGCAAAGCUGAAACAUAAGACAGACAGCAAGGAGAGCCUAAAGUCCACAUCAAAACCAUCCCCAAGAAAAAACCUCCAGAAAGAGUCAAAAGAAGAAGCCCCUGAAAAAGUAAAAACACUUAGUAAAGCUGACUUCCUUCAUUCUGUGGAUACUAAAGAACUGACACAAAAAACAGAGAAGAAAGAUAAAACCCUUGUGAAAAAAGUGAAAGCUGGAGAGAAGGAAAUUAAAAGCAAGAGUGAGCAAACACCCAAAAUUGACACUCCUGAAAGAAAGAAAGCUGACAUUAAACCAAAAACGAUAAAAAAAGAGACAAAAAAAACUGUGGAAAAGAGUGAGGCAGAUAAAAAGAAUGACAAGCCCAUGUCCAAGAAAGAAGAAAAUGCCAAAAAAGAAGAGAAGGUGAAGAAAGAGGAGGUGAAGAAGGAGAUAAAAAGACGAGACAUUAGGAAAGAUUCACUUUUUAAGGAAAGCAGGAAAGAAGAAAAGAAAGAAACAAAGAAAGAUGAAAAAGAGCCUAAAAGAGAUUUGAGGACAGCUGGAAGCUUGAAAAUGAAUGCCCCUGGGACAGCAGAGAUGAAAAAGCCUGCACCUAAACCAAAGGCUGCAGCACUAGGAAAGGGACCUGGUAGUCCUGCAAAGUCCAAAGACAAGGCUAAGUCCAAGCCCAUUAAAAAGGAUGCUGGAGAAAUAGUGGCAGCAUCUUCUGCCUCAGGUGCUACUGCUGAAGGGCCUACUGCUGAAGCAAGUGUCACAGAUGCUCUUGAAGCAGAAAGAUCAUUGAUGUCUUCUCCAGAGGACCUCACCAAAGAUUUUGAGGCUCUGAAAGCAGAGGAGAUUAUUGAAGAUGAUGAAAUCCUGUAUCAGACCAUAAUAGAAGAUUCUGAUCAAGGAGAAAUUAUCAAGUGUGAAGAAAUAGCUUUUUGUAAAGAGUCUCAAGAAGCACAAGAGUCCCUGGAUGAAGGAAUAGCAACCACAGAAGCUGAGGAAGAAUGUGGAGGUACUCCAGGGGAUCUAGAGACAAAUCAUAAAAACAAUGGCACCAGUGAAAAAUUUGAAGAUGAGGGAACUGGACUGGAAGAGUCAUCUGAGACAGGAGACUAUGAAGAAAAGGCUGAUAUAGAGGAAGUGGAUGAGCAGGACCGAAUAAUAGCCAAGUUGAAAGCUGAUGGAGUGCAAGAGGAGCAGGAAAGCAUGGAAGGAUUAGAUGAUGGGGCAGGAGAACCACAUUAUAGGCAAGACAAAGAAACUGAGAUGCAGAAUUUGGUUGUAACCACACCUACAAAGCUCUCUGAACCUGUGUCACCUGCUGUUUCUAUACAUUAUGAAACCCUGCCAGAAGGUUUGGAAAGUGAGGUUGUCUCUGAUGAUGAAAAUCGAGAUGAGCCUCCAAAAGAAUAUAACACAUCAGUAGACACUCAGUCUACAAUUGAGACCUCAAGUGUUCCAACUCCUAUGGAUGAAAUGUCAACUCCAAGAGAUGUAAUGAAUGACGAGACUACAAAUGAUGAAACUGAGUCUCCCUCUCAACAUUUUGUCAGAUGCGGAAUCACUACAGAUUAUGAGCAAAAGAAAGUCUCACCUCUUCAAGAUUUUCCUGGGUUAUAUCACUCAAAGAGUGAUGCGACUGAGGGGCAUGAUUAUCAUGCAUCAGCUUCCACCAUUUCGCCACCUUCCUCACUCGAAGAAGACAAAUCUGGCAAGACCUUUUUAGCUAAAGACAAAUUACCUUUUGAUUCGGACAGGCUCUCUGCUACCACUACAACUUUGCCUCUUGUAAGAUCAACUUCCGGUGACCAAAAUGUAAACAUUGAACAUGUUCAUACAGGCGUAUCUUCACCAAUUGAGCUGGGCACCAUGCUUGCAGGGAUGUCAAAAGGAAUGGACUCUUCAUACAGUCCAGAUGAGAAAACAUUACAGGGUCCUUUAUCUCCUCAGUCCUCAGGUCAUACACCUUACUAUCAAUCCCCAGUGGAGGAAAAAGCUGCCACUCUACCAUCUGAGGAAACCUCCAACCUUCAGGGUCUUAUCAUUGUUGACAUUACAACUGACAAAGAAUACUCUCCCAGAGAGUCUAGUCCUAUUGAUGAAGAUGUGUCUAUGCCACAAGUGGGAAAGGUGAAAUCACCAAGUUAUGAAACUAAUUCUUCAGCCAAGGAUGGAAAGUCACAUUUUGAACUUGACCAUAAGACUUCAAGCCAGACUGACAAUAAUGGUAAAGAGUCAGUGACUGUUAGUACUUUAGUUACAUCUUCACUGCCACAAUCUAAAGGAGAGUGUCUGUCUGAUAUAAAUCCUUUUGUGACAUUUAAAGAGGACAAAAUGUCCAUAUCUGAGGGAACCACAUCUGAUAAGUCUGGCACUCCAGUUGAUGAGGUUGUUGCAGAGGAUACAUUUUCUCACAUUGCCUCUGCCUCAACAGCAUCUCUUGCGACAAGCUCUUUACCCGAACCCACAACUGAUGAUGUCUCCCCACCACUACAUGCUGAGGUGGGCUCCCCUCAUUCCACAGAAGUAGAUGACUCUCUCUCUGUCUCUGUUGUUCAGACCCCAACUACAAUGCAAGAAGCAGAAGUCUCUCCAUCUAAGGAGGAUAGUCCUCAGCCUAUGUCAAUCUCCCCUGAUGUUUCACCAAAAACAGCCAAAUUGAGAAUGCCACAACAGGAAACAAAAUCUCCUGAGCUUUCCAUGUCUAUUGAGUGUGGCCAAGAAUUCCCUGAACACUCACUUGCCUUAGAUUUCAGCAAGCAAUCACCAGAUCAUCCAUCUGUGGGAGGAAUGCAGCGUAAAGCCACUGAAAAUGGCCCAACAGAAGUUGAUUACAGCCCAUCAGAUGGAGUGGGUGUCAUGGGAGAACAGCACAGACCUGGGGGAACUAGGGAGAAGCCAAUGCUUUUCAAAGAUUCUGAUAGCACCCAGGUUGCCUCUGCUUCCCAAUCAGAUGCCUCUCAGUCCACCCCAUCAGUUACUACACCUUCCCAAAUUGGGGAGCCAAAGGAAAUGUCCCCAAAUACUGGCCCUUUUUCAGAGUCUGUAACUCCAAAACUGUCACCCCACAAUCAGUCUCUUUCUCCCCAUUCUCCUGACUCAUCUCUUGUUCUAGGUGGAACCAGUACCUCGUAUGGAGGACCUGACAAAGGUAAAACAAGUCCCACCUCGCUUUACAAUGAGAGCAGUAUGGCUAAAACAGAGGGCACCCAACAAAAUUUGGAGAAAACAUUGGAAGUGUCACCUUCAUUUCCUAUUGUGUUAUCUUGUUCUUCUCAGAAGACAGAUGAGUUUGAAAUUAGCCUAAGAACUAAUCCCAUUACAGGCUUGAAAUCCCCUAGCAGUCCAAAAAUGUCAUCUCCAUCCCAACUUUCUCCCUCCUCCAAUCAAGAGGCUCAAGAGGGGUUUUCCAGCAGCUUCACUUCAUAUUCCUUUACACCUCAAUAUGGUGAACUUAUCAAGAAUUGUGAUAAUGGAUCUAGAAGACCAGAUACUUCAAAUAAAAUCCUUUCUCAGUCAUGUGCAGAUGUGGACUUGUGUUUGGUGACCUCCUGUGAAUACAGACACUCAAAGACAGAGCUUUCUCCCUCUUUUAUAAACCCUAGCCCUCUUGAAUACUUUAUGAUUGACGAAAAUCCUCUUGAGGAGGAAAAGCCACUUGCUAAGUCUGGUGGAGGACCACCUCCACCUGGAGAAAAACAGCAGAGCAAACAGUGCGAGGAAACUCCACCAACCUCUGUAAGUGAAUCUGCGCCCUCUCAAACUGACUCUGAUGUUCCUCCUGGCACUGAGGAUUGUCCAUCAAUAACUGCAGAUGCAAAUAUUGACUCUGAGGAUGACUCCGAAACAUUACCAUCUGAUAGGACUCUCACUUAUCGUCAUGCAGACCCAUCUCCAAUUAUGCCCAAAGACCCUGCUCCUGCUCCUCCACAUCCUGAUGUCUGCAUGGUGGAUCCAGAGGUCCUUAAGGCUGAGGAGGCAUCCCAAAAAGAUGAAGGAGGGAAACCUAAAAAGAACAAAAUCAGCAGCAAGACAAAGUCAUCUGCAACAAAGAGCUUUACAAAAACAAGUGCCAUAAAAGAGCUGAAAACAUCCUCUCCAAACAAGACUACAGAGGACAAAGAUGCCAAAAAUGCUACCAAUACCUCUGCAUCAAAGGGCGUGAAAAGCAAUACUUCAGGAAGCACCAAGUCUAGCAGUGGAAUGUCAGUACCUAACUGUCCUCCUAUGUAUAUGGACCUAGUUUAUAUCCCAAAUCACUGUAAUGCCAAGAAUGUUGAUGCUGAGUUCUUUAAAAGGAUCAGAUCCUCCUACUAUGUAGUCAGUGGUAAUGAUCCAACAGCACAGGAGCCCAGUAAGGCAGUCCUUGAUGCUCUCUUGGAAGGAAAAAGCCAGUGGGGAAAUGAUAUGCAGGUGACGCUGAUUCCAACCCACGAUACAGAAGUUAUGAGGGAGUGGUAUCAGGAAAACCACGAGAAGCAGCAAGACUUAAACAUUAUGGUUUUGGCAAGCAGUAGCACUGUGGUCAUGCAAGAUGAAUCUUUCCCUGCAUGUAAGAUUGAGCUGUGAUUGUCAUUAUCAAGAUGUUAUAGAUGGUGAAUAUUGAAGAACAAAUCAAUUAGAACACUUACUACACUCAAUCACAAAAGCAAACAAUUCAGAUCACAUUACAAAUACUAAAUGUGAAAAUGUUUCUCAGUAGAAUUGUAUAAUACCUUAAAAAGUUAUCCCUUUAAAGGUCUUAGAAAACAUUUGUAAUAAAAGGUUUAUGGAUAGGUUUGUUGACCUUACAAAGAGCAGUGUUUGGCACGUAUCAAACCUUCUGAAACACACACACACACACACACACACACACACACACACACACACACACACACACACACACACACACACACACAGAGUCAUUGAAUAAAUGUGACUGAACACUGUACUGAGCAGCUCCAAUAAAACUUAUAAUUUAAAAACAGUUGAUAAAUGGAUCAAAUAAGAACAACUGAAAAUGUUUAUGCCAAAGGUUUAAGGAUUGUUUUAAUGCCUUAGAAAAUUAAACUGAAUGUACAAUUAACAUGAUGCACUUAAUAUGAGGACAGAUAAAGGUAUGAUACACAAACACAAAGAAGACACAUAAAACAUUACAUAUAUAAUAUGAUGCAAAUGCAACAUAAAACAUCAUAUUCCAGCAGCGCUGAGUUGUGUAAUACUUGCAUAAUAUAUGAAUGUGAGGCUUGCUACAUUUGCAAUUAAAUACAAAAUAGACUAAAGGUCUAACCAAUUAAAGACUCUUGAGUAAGACAUGCCUGAGAAAAUAUUAAAUAUAAAAACAUUAAAAACAAUUCAUUCUAUUUUGAGUAAUUUAUAAAAACCUUCUGACUUCUCUACUGUCACCAUUGUAAUAGAUUAAUUUUGUAUGGGUAGGAGAUCUUUCUUUAAAACUACAUUAACAAAAUUAGCAUCUUCACACCAGCUUUAUCAUUUUAAUUGGUAAAAAGGUUUGAAAAAAUACUCAUCAGUUGUACUGCUAAUUAUUUGAACGCUUUGUUAUAUUUUAUCCUUUUAACUGAAUAAUAUAGUUGCUACAGUAUUUCAUUGCCUUAUAAUGCUUUAUUACUUCAUCAUUUUGAAAUGUGCUAGUUGUGCAUUCCUAUGCAGUUUUCUCUCAAAGGAGGGAAACUUAUGUUGACUCAGAGUUGUCAAAGUUCAACAAUUUAUUUAUUAUUAUUUAUUACUAGUAUUGUUUUCUUUUUCUCCUAAUGUAGUCCUCAAAGUUUAAAGCUAUACUGCAUUGUGCAUCCAAAUUUUAUCCAUGUACAUGGUUUUUUCUUAUUUUGUCAAUGUUACCGAGAGCUAUCAAGAUUAUGGUACAUUGAAUGUGGUGAAACAGAAAACAUUCUUUUCCGUAGAAAUAUUUUAUAAAAUUGCACUGUACUGUAAUUAUAAAAGUCUUGGUGACAGAGUGAGUAGCUGGAUGUGCAUGUAUAAUGUAGUAUACUUCAUAUUUAUUUUAAUUUUUUUUGAGAGGAGAAAUUCUCUCUUUACUGCCAACAAGUCAUUGCAAGGAUAUUACUGAAAUUUUGGAUUGGAGAAACAUGAACUUGGACCAGUUUUAUUGCAUUUAAUCGAUAGAUCUACAGUCAUGUCAAUGAGAUAAAAUUCCAAAAAUGUAUUCCUAUGAUGCUAACACAUUAUAUUGGACAGAUUUGACAGUUUAUCCCAGUAUUUAAAUUGUGUUAUGUCUACUUGACAAUAGAGGAAAUAAGUCUAUGAAUCAUGCAGUCAGACUAUGUGACCGAUUGUUCAAAUCUUUCAAAUCCAUACUUUGUUGAAACACUACAUCUUAAUAUUUGGAGCCAUCAACACAUCAACAUAAAUUUACUGUGAACUUGGUGCCAUUGUGGUCCAACUAUUUUCAACAGUUCAUAGAAAUAGACACAUUAUGAAUUUUAACAAACCUCCCAAACUUCACAAUAUACAUCAUGAUUUAGAACUGGAAAGUUUUUAAUUCCAUGAUAACAGCAGCAACAGGCAACAGACUCAUUUAACCACAUGCUUUAGCAAAAUGCAUUGUUAUCGUAAUGGCUAAAAACACCACACAUUUUCAGACUAUCUCCUCUCUCUGUUCAACUAUUGCCUAUAAACAUUUGCCUUCACAUUCUGCUCUAAAACCCUCAGAAUCUCUCUCUGAUCACACCUUUGGGUGCUAGUAAGAAUAUGUGUGCAGUUGUGUAUGAUAUAUGUGUGUGUGUGUGUGUGUGUGUGUGUGUGUGUGUGUGUGUGUGUGUGUGUGUGUGUGUGUGUGUGUGUGUGUGUCUUGCGACUUUCCUCUUUUCGUUCUUAAUCCCAUAUCUAGAGUAGAUAGUCUCCAAUAAAAUGAUUACAGUGCUUUUUCUGAUGUUUGUGUGUGAAAUAUUCACCCAAAUCUAAGGUGUUUGAUGUAAAGGGAAUUACAAUUAAA